CCUAUAAACAGUGUAGCUCUUGUGCACCAUUUUUAAAUUCUAGAACUUGCUGAAGGACAAAAUAUAUUUCACAGGUGUUUUUAACUUCUAGAGCUGAGAAGUCUGCACAGAAAUGUGGGGAAUCGUGCUGUUAAGUCUCUUGUGCAUCUCUCCCUCAAACGUACAGGGGGCGCUGCAGUUGGCGUCUGUGUUCAACAGCCACAUGGUCCUGCAGCGCGCCCCCCAGAAGGCCGUCAUCUGGGGCACGGCCACCGUCGAGGGCGACAAAGUCACCGCACAUGUCGUCGCCACAGGCGUGAACAUCGCCCCUGUCGUCACUACCGUCUCUCACGGCGUCUGGAAACUCAAGCUGCAGCCUGUCUCAUCCCCAGGACCCUUCACCAUCAACGUCACGUCCAGCGAGGGUCACGUGACCUUAACCGACGUGCUGUUUGGUGACGUGUGGCUGUGUUCCGGUCAGAGCAACAUGUAUUUUCAGAUGAGUCAGGUGAUGAACAACACCGCCGAGCUCCAGACCGCGCACAGCUUCCCGAACAUCCGCUUCGCCAGGGUGGCCAAUGUGGAGUCUGCCACACCCAGACUGAACACGUCUUUCAGUACACCCUGGUCUGGACCCCAGAAUACCGCUGCUUUGCGAUCAUUUUCUGCUGUGUGCUGGCUGUUUGCCGAGUACUUGUACCCUCAUAUAAACCACCCCAUUGGCCUGAUCGAAUCUUCAUGGGGAGGAACAAUCAUCGAGGCCUGGUCUUCCCCUGAGGCCCUCCAUACCUGCUCCUCCGGCAAAAAGCGGGCAGCGAACGAUCACUCCGCCUUGUGGAAUGGCAUGAUCACCCCUCUUCUUGGCACUACUUUGUACGGGGCCUUGUGGUACCAAGGUGAGUCCAACGCCGGCCACGCCUCAGCAUAUUCGUGUCAGAUAAAAGCCAUGAUUUCAGACUGGAGGUCUACCUUCAACAAUCGCUCCUUGGGCGAAACACCAGCCGACUUCCCCUUUGGCUAUGUGCAGCUGGCAGGCAAUGCAAAGGGCACCGCUGUCGGUUCUUUCCCAGAUGAGAGGUGGGCGCAGACAGCCGGGUACGGGUACAGUCCUAACCCCACCCUUCCUAAGACAUUUAUGGCCGUGGCCAUGGACCUGCCGGACUACAGUUCACCUUAUGGGACAAUCCAUCCCCGCUACAAGCAGGACGUGUCACAGAGGCUGAUGCUGGGCGCCCUGAAUGUGGCCUACGGUCACAGUGAUGUGGUCUUCCAGGGUCCCUUCCCCAGCAAGUUCCAGCUUGACACAGCGCACCACACACUCAACAUUGAGUACGACAAUGGGCGAACUCCUCUAGAGAUCAGGAACAAUACAGGUUUCGAGGUGUGCUGCAGUGCCGCGUCCGCCACAGCUUGCAAUGAUACAAGAGAUCACUGGGUGGCCGCGCCAAUCACAGUCCACGACGCCAGUCACGUGACUGUAUCGACAUCCGGCUGUGGGACAAACAAGAUAACGGGACUGCGGUACGAGUGGCGAACGAGUCCAUGCGACUACAAACGCUGUGCCGUGUACGGGGCACAGUCAGACCUACCUGCUCCCCCUUACAUAACUCACACCCUCCCUCAGUAAUCCUCUCGGUGCAUGCAAUCAUACAGACCGCCAUUUUGUAGUAGAAGUAAUAAUAAAUUCUUCUAGAAUGGCGCCACAGUGAGUCUCGAUAUACAAACUUACAAAAUGA